AGGACCUGAGAGUUUCCAGAAAGCCAAGACAGACAGAGUCUAUACAAUUUAGCUCUAUAUUGGUGCCUUCAAAGGAUGAAGGUGAACAAAGAGAGGCCAGGAAAUCAGAGCAGGUUGACACCCAGGAUGUUGCCUUAGAGCCUGAACUGCCAUUAAGUACUUUCAGCCCAGCCAAAUCUCAAAAGGAUCCUGAAUCAGAGGAGGUUGUGAUGGAAACCACAGAAGGAAGAGGCCACAUGGAGGUGACAGAAGUUAUGAAGGCCAUAGCUCAACAUGGCAUGAAAGAUUAUAGAGAGGUGUUCCCUGAGGUGGAAAGACAUGAAGGAGAAGGAGGAGGUCACAUGGAGGUCACAGAGGUUAUGGAGGUCAUAGAUCAAUGUGGUAUGAAAGAUUAUGGAGAGGUGUUCCCUAAGGUGGAAAGACACAAACACGUGAGUAGGCUUUGGAAAAGGGCCCUGGAAAAAAGUCGUGAGAAAGUAGCUGUGAAGUUGAAACAGGAGAAAGACUUGAAGGUCAUUUCAAAGACAACUGCAGAAGAGCCCAAGGAAAAAGUCAUGCAGGUUACUGAACAAGAAAAAGAUACAAGGAAGAAACGUGGAAAGGGUGGCCGAGGUUUGGCUGGUACACCUGGACGCACGGGUAGAUCAGAUACCAAAUCUUGGAGGGAUGAUAUUUGCUCUCUUGUCACCUCAAGGAUAGCAAGUUCCCAUCCAGGAAUGUUAAGGGAUCUGGGACAAGAAUUGGUCAACUUGGCUCAGAUGAUGCUUGCUCCCCGAAAGCCCAGCUGGGAACUCUUCCAAGAGAUCUGCCCCCUUCUAAAAGACUCAUCAGAAUUGGAUGAACAAGUAGUAGAAGAACCAUCCAUUAUAACUGAAAAGGCAGAUAUAGAUGUUGUUGAGGAAGAAGGGACAGAAUUGAGAGGACAAAGGGGCAAAAAAGGAUUAACAAAGUACAAGGUAAAGAAGAAAAAGAAAGUUUCUUUCUUAGAUAAACUAGUCUUAGAGAAAAGGAAAUUUAAAAAAGAAGCAAGGAAACUAACCAGGCAAGAAGGGAAAACAGCCAAGGAAAAAAGGAAACUGAGUAUGCCAGAGAAGAAAUUAAUGAAGGGAAAGGAGAAACUGACCCAUCAGGAAGAAAAAAUAGCUUGGGAGGAAAAAACAGUAGCUUCCCCACAAAACCAAUUAACCCAGGAAGAGCAGAAGUUACUCUUAGAAAAGAAAGGGAUUGGAAAAGGGGUAAAACUAAGGGAGAGAAAAAGAGUGACCUGGGAGGCAAGGGAGGCAGGGGUAAGUGGGACUUGGAAAAGGGGUAAGUGGGAUUUGGAGAAGAUUAUGAUGGCCCAGGAACAAGGCAUUUGGUCCCAGGAAGAGGGACUGCCUAUCUGGGGAGAGUGGAAAUUGUCCCAGGAAGAGGAAGAGCUGGAUGAGGAAGAGGAGGAGUUGGGUGAGGAAGAGGAGGAGCUGGGAGAGGAAGAGGAUGAGCCUUGUGAGGAAGAGGAGGAGCUGGGUGAGAAAGAGGAGGAACCUUGUGAGGAAGAGGAGGAGCUGGGUGAGAAAGAAGAGCUGGGUGAAGAAGAGAAAGAGCUAGGUGAGAAACAGGAACAGCUGGCAGAGGAAGAGGAGCAGCCAGGUGAAGAAGAGAAGGAACCAGGUAUGGAAGAGGAGGAACUGGCCUGGGAUGCAGAGGAGCCAAUACUGCACUUAAAGAAACAAGUUAAAGACAGGAAGAAGAAGUCCCCCAAAGAGAAGAAAUACAUACACGGUAUGGAGAAACAUGUUGAGGAAAGGCAUAAAUUGGCACAGAAAGAAGAACAUUUGUCUAGUGAAGAGGAGGGACUGUCUGUGGAAGAAGGAAAAUGGGCAUCAGGAAGGGGCAGCUUGGGAGAGCAAGAAAUUAAAAUGACUCCAGAAAAGAAGGAAUGGUCAGAAAAGGAGAAAAAAGUGGCCUCUAAAAAGAAACAAAUCCAAGAAAAGAAAAAAGUUGGGAAACAGGAGAAAGAAGACCAGACUAAGAAAGAAGAGGAAGAAGCCAAGGACAGACGGUUAGCCCAGAAAAGAAAGAAACUGGGCCUAGAAGAAGAAGAAAAUCUUGUGGAAAAGGAGAGAAAGGCCCAAAAAGAGGAGGAAACAACCAAGAAAAAGAGGCAAUGGGCCUGGGGAAAGAAGAGAGCAGAAUUAGGAGAGGAGGAAAAAGCUGGAGAAAUGCAGAAGUGGUCCCCAGAAGAAAAGAAACAGGCCUGGAAAGACAAGAAACAGGAGGAGAAAGAGGAGAGAUUGGCUCGAAAAGUGAAGAAACAGACUGAGGGAAAAAAACAACAGGCCAGAGCAAAAAUGAAACUGAUCCCAGAAGAGGAAAAAAAGAUGGAGGAAAUUGAGACAGUGUUCCCUGCCAAAGAGAAACAAGCUAAGAGAGAGGAGGAAUGGGUUAGGAAAGAUAAGAAAUCCUUUGAUGAUAAAGAAAAGACCCACGAAAAAGAGCAACUAGCCCUAGAAGAACAGAAACAGGUCCAGGAGGAGAGAAUAUGGGGUCAGAAAGAGGAGAAAGAUAGCGAUCAAAGAAAACAAUCGGCCUGGGAAAGAGAGAAGUUGUCUGUAGAAGAGGAGGAACACACUAGUGAAAUGCAGAAAACAUCCCAGGAAAAAGGGGAAAAGGCACUGAAGAAAAGACUGACCCAGAAAGACAGUAAACCAGCCAAAGAAGAGAGGCAUGUUGAUAAAGAAAAGGCAGUAGCCAGGAAGGGAAUGGGCAUAACUAAGAGAAAGAAAAAAACUGAGAAAGAGAGAGAAAUUAUGAAAGAGGAGGAACUGUCCCAGGAAGAGAGGAUACUGACCUAUGACAUUAGGAUCAAGGAGAUGGGUGUUGCAAAGAAAAAAAGGAAACAAACCAAAAAGGAGAGAAUACAGGCAAUGAGGAAAUUGGAUAUGGAGAAAGGGAUUCAUUCUGAAAAAAAAGAGGCUAGUUCCAUGUUAAAAGAUAUAAGGAGGAGAGAGAGUUACCUGUUGAGGAUCCUAUCUAAAAUAGUUAGGGAAAGCAGUAUAGUACCCCCGGAAGAAACUGAAAUAUCGGAGGAAGAGAGAUCUUCUAUGAUGGGGAAGAGUGGAAUGGAUGGCCAGAAGUGGGAAUUCUUUAAGGAACAGAGUGAAAUAAUGAAACAAGAGAAGGAGCUGGAUCAGGAAGAGAGAAAAGUAGAUGAUGACAGACUGGCCACCAAAGAGAAAACACUGACUGAUGGAGAGAGCUUGGAGGAGAACCAAAGGUUUUUAGAGAAAGUCCAGGAAAAGAUACUAUUAGAUAAAGCCCAGAUAGAGAGUAUAUUAAAGGAAGUCCAGGAACAAAAUCUGUUAGGAAAAAAGCAGCUAAAGAAACUUUUAAGGAGAAUUAAGAAGGAUAAACCAGAAAAAACUCAGCUAAAGUACUUAUUAGAGAGUAUCAGAGAGACUCUGUUUGAAGGCUUAUCUGAGAGUUUGAUUGAGGAAAUAAAGGACGGUCCAAUGAAGAAGGGGAAAGAGGAGGAGAGCAUCGCUGAGGAAGGAGAAGAGGAAGAAAUUUUGCCCAGGAGAGAGAAAGGGAAAUAUUUGAUUAGGAAGAAAAAGAAGGCAAGCCUGAGUGAAGAAGAAUUGGAGGAGAACUUGGCUAAGAAGCAUAAGAAAGAGAGUUUAACCCAAAGAAGGAAAAAGGAAAAGAGGUUGACUCAAGAGAAAGAGAGGCUGAGUAAGAAGAAAAAGGAGAGCCCACAGGAGGAGGAGCGCCUGAUUGAGGAGAAGAGACUGAGUGAGGGGGAGAGCUUGAGUGAGGGGGAGGAAGAAAGUCUAAGUGAGGAGGAGGAGGAGAGCCUGAGUGAGGGGGAGGAGGAAAGUCUAAGUGAUGAUGAGGAGGAGAGCCUGAGUGAGGGGGAGGAGGAAAGUCUAAGUGAGGAGGAGGAGGAGAGCCUGAGUGAGGGGGAGGAAGAAAGUCUAAGUGAGGAGGAGGAGGAGAGCCUGAGUGAGGGGGAGGAGGAAAAUCUAAGUGAGGAGGAGGAGGAGAGCCUGAGUGAGGGGGAGGAGGAAAGUUUAAGUGAGGAGGAGGAGGAGAGCCUGAGUGAGGAGGAGGAGGAAGAGAGGCUGAGUGAGGAGGAGGAGGAAGAGAGGCUGAGUGAGGAGGAGGAGGAGAGCCUGAAGGAGGAGGAAGGAGAAGGGGGGGAAAUGGAGAAGAUAGAGAAAAGAGAGGAGGAGGAGGAGGAGGAGGAAAAGGAGGAAAGGCAGAAGGAUGUGGAGAGCAGACAUAUGGAGGUGAUAUGCUCAGAAGAGAGAGUAUUGAAAAUGGAGCUCCCCCCAAAAGACGUGAGCUUAUCAGAAGACAAGGCUCUUGCUGAGAAAAGGGAGGGUACAAUGAGAAGGGAAAUGCCUUUUAAGAAAGAAAGAUUGCUUGAUGGAAAGAGAGAUCCCACACUUAUGGAUAAGGCCAUGUGGCCAACAGAAAUACCCCUCCCAGUAGCCUUGGAAAAAAAGAGAAUGCCCCUGAAAGUGCUGGGGGUUCAUUUGGAUUUGGAAGGACAGGAAAGUAAACGUCUUGGAGCACACCCUAUGACAAGUUCUUGGGGAAGACAAGAGGAUGUGCUCUUGGAGAAAGCCAGGGGUAUGGGAAUAGGCUUAGAGAUCCAGAUCCCGGAAGUCCUCCACAGGCCAGAGUCCCACUUACCUGAUAUUAUCAUGAAAUCACAGAAACCAGAGCGUUGGCCCAAAGGUGCUAGGUGGAAGUGGUUCUUUAAGUACCAGGAUACCCUAAUGAGGAAAACUGAAGGCCAGGCCCCAGGGCCAGCCCCAGCCCCAUCCCUUACUUCUAUACCAGCUGAAAGGCCAUGCUACUCAGAAGCGAGCUUCUCAGGUGAGGACUGGAUUAACAAUGCUUUAAUAAGACUGAAAGCAGGAGAGAAGCUUUCCAGGGACAGUUUCCAUAGACUGUACCAGCUCCUCAGAGGCUUCACUGCAAAGGGAUACUCGAAAUGGAUGCCUCUGUGCAAUCUUAAAGUCAUUGCUAAACACCUCAGGCAGAACCUUGUGGUAAGUCACACAGACACACCACAACAUAAGGAUGUUUUGAGUCCAGUGCACUUAAAAGUGAUCCCUCCAAUUAAAAGAAAAGAAAAACACAGCCAGCUAGAGUCAUUCCCUAUCAUUGAACCAGUGUUCCCAUCAGCUACCAGGAGGUCUCAAACCCCAGCGGCUCUCAAUUGGCAUCUCUUAGCAGAGUCCUAUAGGAAGAAGCAGGCACAACAAUUAUCCUGUGCUGUUAAGGAGAUACCACACCUUCAUCCAAUCAGAAAGGAUGUUCCCACAACUGUCUAUCCCUCUGUCAAUAAAAAAUCCCUGGACUUGAUACUCCAGAAAGAGUUCCAGGUCUUGAGCGAUAAGGAAGAACUCCCCAAAUUUCACAAGGCAAAGAGGGAAUUUUUGUCCCUCAAGGCACUGCCCAUACCUUCACCAGUGUCAGCAUCAACCACCAAGAGAACUGGAGUCCCAAAGGCUAUAAAGUGGCAUCUUUUAGGCGAACCUUACAGGAGUGCACGGGUACGGCAGCUGUCCAAUGCUCUGGAAGAGAUGGACAUGAAGCAUGUUUACCCUGCUGCGAGAGAGAUUUUCACAGGUGCCCAUGCUUCUGUGGACAAACAAACCCUAGCACUGAUGUUCCAGAAGGACCUCAAAGCUUUUAGGGGAAAAGACAGGGCCCUCACAAUGACCAAGUUGAAGAAAGCACAGUCCAUCUCUAAAAAAAAGGAAGAGGUGCCCCAAUGGGAGACAUUUGUGGCAGUGUAUCAUGUUUUGCGGAUGUUGCAGCAACACUAUGCAAAAGACAGUGCUGCUUGGAUGGAACAGUUUUACCAACUCAUGGAUCUGUACCAAUUUAAGUCCCCCCAAAUCCAGAGGCUUCUACUAGAGUUGCUGCAGAGAAAGGAAUUCCAACCCCAAGAGACCAUAUUCAAAAAGCCCCUGAAAACUCAGGAGCUAGUACUUGGUGAACGGUUAUUCUGUGGCCUGUUUUGUGGUCAUUCCCAUGCCCGUGCAGGUCCUCUCAAGUUCCAUAAUGUUGUACCUCUGCCUGGGAAGAGCAGGGUACACACUAUCCAACCUGUGGGCAUCGCUCAGUAUGGAUUCCUAGAACUUGCCUGGAAAAACCUACCACAAGCCAAUUCUUACCUUGUUGAGGGGCGGCCCAACAUUCCUACUCCUACUCUAUGAUUUGGCCUAACAUGAGGACUUUGUGGUCUUGGUGGGAAAUAAGCCUGAUCAUGGAUUUUAAGCCUCCUUCCGUUUUCCCCACUUCAAGGUGAGGCUAGACAAGGACUUGUACUCAUUCAGUUCCAGAAACCUGCUACCUUGUACUGAAUAAAA